UUGCGAUAACAUACCAGCGAGCUAAACGUUUAGUUUUCUCUUGUGCUCUCACGUAUACACAUCGUGUUCUUCGUAGAAAUCUUCUCCGUACAUGAUUACUUGCUCACUGGAGUCGACUGCUUGUCAAACGCCACACUCUGUUUAGCUUUCACUAAAUUUAUCAUGUACCUAUUGUAUAAUAAUGCGAUUUGAAUAAUUAUAAAACUGUCCAUUUUCAUCAUUGCGUUCAUACUAUUGUGACACGUGCAAAACAACUUUUCAACGUAAGUGAAAUAUGGAGCAACAAGGUAACAAUCAUUCUUCUGGUAAAAAAUCUUAUAGGUGUCAGAAAUGUGGUAACCGUUUUUCGACACAAAAAAAAUUAAAUGCUCAUAAAAAAGUUCUUUUAUCGUUGCGCCCGUAUGAAUGUGAUAUAUGCGAUAAAACGUUUAAAACUAAGGCAAAUCUACUAAACCAUUCUAAAUUUCAUCAAUCUGAUUCUGAGAAACCUUCUAAAAACCAAAUAUGUGGUAAACGUUUAAGUACAAAACAGAGUUCAACUGAACAUGAAGCAGUUCAUUCAUCGUUGCGUCCGUUCAACUGUGCCAUAUGCGAUCAACCUUUCAAAACCAAGACAAAUCUACAAAUCCAUAUCAAACGUCAUUUUAAGUACCCAUUUAAGUGCCAAAUGUGUGGUAAUGUUUUCGAGUCACAAAUACUGGAAGAUAAAUAUGGAAUUUGUGUUCACUAUACAUGUGAUAUAUGCGAAGAGAGUUAUAAAAAAAGAGUACUGUUUGAGGAACAAGAUGUAUCAUGAAAGAAACAAUAAGCAAACGGAAAGAAAGGAUGUAGUAUUAACUGUUUCUCUAUGAUAAGUAUAUCGAAAUAAAUAUAUAUGUCUAUUUGACUCAGUUCACAGUAGUGAAUCCGAACUUAUGUACUAAACAUACAAUGUCCCGUAAUGAUGAGUAACUGUACAAGGAGUGAAAGAGGGUAAAAUUAUAAACAAACAGUUCAUUUUUCAUUCUUGGCUUAAACCAUUAUUUAUGUACCGAGUUUUAAAUAUUAAAGUUCCCCAAUAAGACGGCGCGUAUACGAAGUAUGCAGGAGCGUCGCUCAUUGAGCUACUCCUUGCACUUGUCACCCCCGAUUCGAUUUCUUCUGUUAACUCUUCAUUCUACUAUGUCACACUAAAUACUACAUGAAAAAAAAAAUAAAACCAGGUAGAAAGUAAUCACCUAAUUAAUUUAUUUCAAAAAAGUAGUGAUACA